CUGCAUACAGUACAGACGGAUCCUACGAAACCCAUCUCCAAAGGCUGGAUGACUGUCCAUUGAUGUCAAUGGACAGGAAGACAGGAGAGCAGGGGAGGUUGCCUGGGGUGAUUGUGACCUCCUCCUGCACUAUGAUGCUCAAGGACAUUUCCUGGAGGCACCAUGCAUGGACUGAGCUCCUUGUUGCCAAGCUGCUUAGAAGCAAGACAGCAGUGGGAGCAUCAACAUCCAUAGCUGCUGUGCUGAUCUCGAAGGGACGUGAGCACCACUGAAUGCGCCAUGCGUGAAUGCAUCUCUGUUCACGUUGGCCAGGCUGGAGUUCAGAUUGGCAAUGCAUGCUGGGAACUCUUCUGCCUGGAGCAUGGGAUCCAGCCAGAUGGCACCUUUGCUGAGAAUAACAAAUUCAAUAAUGAUGACUCCUUUGCUACAUUCUUCAGAGAGACAGGCACGGGAAAGCAUGUGCCAAGGGCUGUCAUGGUGGACUUGGAGCAAACAGUAGUUGAUGAAGUGCGGGCUGGCACCUACCGCCAGCUUUUCCAUCCAGAACAGUUGAUCACUGGCAAAGAGGAUGCGGCUAAUAACUAUGCCCGUGGUCACUAUACCAUUGGUAAAGACAGGAUUGAGUUGGCACUGGAUCGCAUUCGAAAACUGGCUGACACCUGUUCAGGGCUGCAGGGAUUCCUGAUUUUCCACAGUUUUGGAGGAGGCACGGGCUCAGGUUUCACCUCUUUAUUGAUGGAACACUUGUCCAUGGAUUAUGGCAAAAAGUCCAAACUGGAGUUUGCUAUCUAUCCAGCCCCUCAAGUGUCCACAGCAGUGGUGGAGCCCUACAAUUCUAUCCUGACCACCCACACCACCUUGGAACAUUCCGACUGUGCCUUCAUGGUGGACAACGAGGCCAUCUAUGACAUCUGCCGUCGUAAUCUGGACAUUGAGCGGCCCACGUACACUAACUUGAACCGUCUCAUCAGCCAGAUUGUCUCCUCCAUCACUGCCUCUCUGCGCUUCGAUGGGGCCCUCAAUGUGGACCUGACUGAAUUCCAGACCAACCUGGUGCCGUACCCUCGCAUCCACUUCCCCUUGGUGACCUACGCGCCCAUCAUCUCCUCUGAGAAGGCCUACCACGAGCAGCUCUCCGUGGCCGAGAUCACCAGCUCCUGUUUUGAGACCAACAAUCAGAUGGUCAAAUGUGAUCCCCGUCAUGGCAAGUACAUGGCUUGCUGCAUGCUUUACCGUGGAGAUGUGGUGCCCAAAGAUGUCAAUGUCGCAAUCGCUGCUAUCAAGACCAAGAGAACAAUCCAGUUUGUGGACUGGUGUCCAACUGGCUUCAAGGUUGGCAUCAAUUAUCAGCCCCCUACUGUGACUCCUGGAGGAGAUCUUGCCCAGGUAGAACGUGCUGUUUGCAUGCUGAGCAACACCACCGCCAUUGCUGAAGCCUGGGCACGGCUGAACCACAAAUUUGACCUCAUGUUUGCAAAGAGAGCAUUUGUACAUUGGUAUGUUGGCGAAGGCAUGGAAGAAGGAGAGUUUGUAGAAGCGCGAGAGGAUUUGUCCGCACUGGAGAAAGAUUAUGAGGAAGUGGCAACUGAUUCCUUUGAUUCGGUGCUUGGCAGCGAGGAAAUUUAACAGUUUGCUCCUCUCUUUGCACUAA